CUUAUCUUGCAGCUGUAUCAAACAGAAUAACAGCCCAUCCACUGGGGGCUGAUCUGAGCCUGGUCUGCUUUGUGUUUAUGCCAUUAGAAAGCAUUAUUCCAAUAUGGAGGAAAGAGGUCGCAAAGCUACUACUGUGCAGACGCGGGCACUCCUACGCCUUCAGUCUCCCUCUGCCGUUCAUUGGUCCAUUCAGCAUCUUCAGCACCACGCAGGCUGAACAGCGACACACAGCCGUGCAGCCUUCAUCAGAUGAGGAUGCCGAGCGGCGGAUACGCUGCCCUCCACGGUUACUAUGACACUGUUUAUCUCAGAUUUUUGUCAACCCUAAUGUCGUUGUUUCAUCAGUCUUUAACAUGUGUUGACAGCCGGUGUAUCUGCAGCUCAUUGUCUCCCCGGGUUUGAUCGGGAGCGACCCGCCUGUGUCGUCUAACUCUGCAGGAGGAAGCUGUUUUUCCCGUCACAGAUGCUCGGACUCCCAGGGUUUGUUUAUUCCACCGGGUUUCCCUCCGGUCGAGAGGACAGGCAUGCCGGACAGUGACAGUACCACCGCUCGGGUUAUAGGCAGCAGCAGCGUCUCAUGUUCAGUGCCGCAUCAACAAGCCUCGCCGCCCGACCACCGGGUCCCCCUGCCGGCGCCCCGGUGUCCGCCGGUCCCCCGACGCCUCUUGUGACAUGACAGCUCGGGGACGGAAGAAGAGGAUCAAAGGUUACGGGCAGGGGUCCAAGCAGGAGCAGAGACGGGUCGGAUCCUUGAGGAGAGGGCGCACGGAAACAGACUGUGUGCACUGUUUGAGAGGAGAGGAUACAAUCAUACCUGUAUCAAAAAUUCAUGUGAUACUUUAUUAGUCCCCGCAGGGUGUUUCUCGUGUGGCUCCCACAGAGAGGUCAGAGCCACGGAGCAGCGGCCCCUGGAGUUGCCUAUACUGACACAGGGGUGUCCUGGUCUCACUGAACCCAGCUGUCCCCCCUCACUGAAGCCUUAUUGUGAUUCUGAUUCGGGCCUACAGCGUGGAGAGUGGUAGCACCCACCUUUGCCUUACAGUUUCAUCUGAUGCACGGCCUCAUAGUGUUGAUACUGGUCGAGUCCCAGUCAGCAGUGUUGUUCCCCAGGCCUGGCAGGCUCACUUGGCUGCUCCUGACCAUCACCUUCACCUGCACCGCCAUGGGCUGCAUCCAGAGCAUCGCCUGUAACAAGUCACGCAUCAAACGGGAGAACAUCGUGGUGUACGACCUGUCGGCCACCAUAGACCACUGCCCGACUGUCAUUGAGGAGAACUCGCCCAUAGUGCUUCGGUACAAGACGCCCUAUUUCAAAGCCUCGGCGCGGAUUGUGAUGCCCCCCAUUCCGCGCAACGAGACAUGGGUGGUGGGUUGGAUCCAGGCGUGCACCCAAAUGGAAUUUUACAACACCUAUGGAGAUGUCGGCAUGUCGAGCUGGGAGCUGCCUCAGCUACGAGAAGGCCUGGUGAGGGCCAUCAGCGACUCAGACGGCGUGAGCUACCCCUGGUACGGAAACACGACAGAGACUGUCACCAUAGUGGGCCCCACCUCCAAGCCAUCCCGCUUCAUCGUUAGCAUGAAUGACAAUUUUUACCCCAGCGUCACCUGGGCCGUGCCGGUCAGUGAAUCCAACACGCCCUUACUGACCAACAUCAAAAGGGACCAGAGCUUCACCACCUGGCUGGUGGCGCUCAACACCACGUCCAGGGAAAAGAUCCUGCUCCACACCAUCAAGUGGAGGAUGAGGGUCGAUAUCGCGGUGGAUCCGUCCCUCCCUCUGGGCUCCAGGGCCAGGCUGGUGGGCAGGGUGCACCAGGACCAGCCGCGGGUGCUGACCCGCAUGGAGCCCAUCCCUCCCAACGCCAUGGGGAGGCCCAACGCCAACGACGCCCAGGUUCUGAUGUGGAGGCCAAGGAGAGGGCCUCCGCUUGUUGUCAUACCACCCAAGUAGAUCGUUGGGAGCAUCUGAUUGGCCGUUUGUUAUAUCAUAUCAAAGCGGGCCACCUCUAUAGUCAGACAGGAUAAUCAGAUGAAAGACAAAAACAACAAAAAUGAAGAUCCAUAAGCAGGCUGAGACUUGUGUCAACGGCACAAAUCAAAAGUUGCAGUCUUUUGCGUGUAAAAUCUCGAGGGGACAACCGCCUUAAUUCCCCACUGCUGCCUUUGACAAUCCAGAAAGUUUGUUGGUCUCUCCUUCUGGUGCUGUUGAGCUGUUGGGCACCCAGGCCUUCACUGCAGCCCAGCACAACUGAGCAAAGCUAACUCUGAAAGUCCGCCAUCAGUGCUGGGAUGUAACACAAACCUGUACUGUAGCUACUCAGGCCCAGAACGAAAACGAUCAAGCCUAAACACAGACCCUGUUUCAAAAGGUUCUUCAGCCUUAAUGAUGACAUGAUACUGGCCUGCUCCGUACUGUACAGUAAAGUGCUGUGUACGAGUGUAACCAAGGGAAGGUGAUAGUGUUUAUGUGUCAUGCAACACUGCUGCAGGGUGUAUUCAUUACAGAGAUAACUAUAGUAUCUAAAAUGUUACUGGGAUGAUGUGCUUUCAGAGAUGAUGUGAGUGUGGGUGUGCAGGCAUGUGUGUUUGUGUUUGUGUGUUUUCUAUAAUGGAGACCCAGGGUUGGGUCCGGGCUUGCUGCUUUGUCACACCAGACUGCCUCAUACACACACAGACAUAAACACACACACAUACACACACACACACACACACACACACACACACACACACACACACACACACACACCGGUGGCCUCAUUAUGCUACAGGGAGGGACACUUUACAAGAUGAUUUAAAAAAACAGAAAGAUUGUCAACAUACAUGCAUCCUCAGAGCCACUUUGUUUUUUUAACAUAUCACAGAAAAUGUAGAAAUCACAGCUUUUGGAUUUGGUGACGUGCACAUUGUGCGUGCAUUCAGAAGAACCUUAAAUGAAGCCCUGCAGCGGGAUUUUUGUUUUUCAAUCACAAAAGGCCAGUUCAUCCGAGCUGCAGAGCUUCUCCCUCCCUGCCUUUUGAAAGCCAGUGAUGCCUGUGUUGAUGACAGCCUUCUGCAGUGAAAACACGACAACGUCUUUGCCAUGUCCCAUCUAAUCCUAUCUGUGCGGUGGAGAGGUUAUUUUAUUUUACGAGUCAUAAAAUGAGUCUGCCGUCAGUGGCUGCGCGAGGACAAACAGAGCUACGUGACGUCUUUAUCCAGUCAGUAUUUGCUGUUGAAGAGCAAAGAUUGUAGUAAACUGUAUUUACACUGUUAGAAGAAUCAGUUCAUCUAAAUUACAAAGAAAACAAAGCUUCUCACUUAUCCAGCCAUGCAUAUUUUUGGGGGAUUUUAUUUGUCCAAGUUUUGAAAUAUCUGUCUGUGACAUUUGUGCCUGAAAUUUCUUUAGUGAUCAUAGCUUUGAAAAACUGCAUUCAAACAAGACUUAAAAGUCGACAGCCACGCUAGCAGCUCUGAGGCUGAGUGCUAACAUGCUAACAUGACCAAGUACCGGGAGUGUCCCUAUGUUCCCCAGCUUAAUACCCACUUAAAAUAACUCAUUAAGGAGACCUUUUAAAGCAGUGGUUCCCAACUGGUGGGUCACAGCUCCAUUCUGAAUGGACUGCAAGUGACUCACGAAUGUGCCAAGUUUGUAAAAAACACACUUUAUUUUUAAGUAUAGUGAAUUUCUAGCACAGGGCUUUUAUUUUGAAGUUCUGUUUCCUGCUGUACACUUUGUGACUAAUGGGCAGCUACUUGACAGAGGCCAAACACAACUAUGACGCUGAAUAUAUUAAACAGUGUGGACCUUGAACUGAUGACGAAGGAGAAAUCUGGACCCCAGGACUAGACCAGUUGGGAACCACUGUUUUAAAUGGUUUUAUGUUCUCAGCAAUGUUUUUUUAAUAGGACAAAUGUUCACUGUAUGUUCCCCUGGAAUAACAUGUUGAAAUCACCCACCUUCAACCUAAAGCCUGCUGAUGGUUAACUCCUUAAAAACUAGACCCUCGAAUUUGUGGGCAAGACCGUUUUCUUGACUGUAGACAUUGAUAUCAGCACAGUGGCCCAACGGAUUAUUACGACUAAAACUGCACUCCAAACAUCUGUAUCCCUCCGAUGUUUUGCAAUCUGAACUGCGAAGCUAGCCCUUACAAAACUCUUAAUACGUUAGUUUAUAUCAAGAGACACAGGACUCUCGAAACAUAGGGACGACAUCCCAAGUACCAUGUUUACCAUCAUCUUAGUUUAGCGUGUUAGCUAGUGACGAUUGUACAACUGAGGCUGACGAGAAUCUCUGUUUUUUUAGCAGGUAUUUGGUUAUGAACUGAAGUAUUAGACGUUAAAUCUGGAUGAUGGCGCUAGUAGGAAAGUCACUUAAUCACCAAACUUGUGCCACAAUGAAUAUCUCGCUACCUAUAUAGUAGUUGUCAGAAUGGGUUAUUAAAAAACAAAGAUCAGGAAAUACAAUCAUAUUGUCUAUUAAAACCAGUAUGAAUAUUACUUGUUUAAUAAUUAGGCCUUGGAUAAUAUAUCACUUAUGAAUCAUUCAUUUGAUCUAGCUAGAGAGAGUGACUUAUGGCACUUGACGAUAAGGGCACCUGGCAUACUGACACAACACCACUUGGAAAACUUGGAUUACUUUCUAUGAAAACCCCUUUUGAUUCUUUUGAUCUGAGGUCCCUUACGGACUAAAGGAAUAUGAAUAUCUCAUAGGGUAAUCGAGGAAUGGACACAUAAUCUGAGGGAGCCAACAACCCAGUUUUAUUCAUCUGAAGAACGGCUUGGCAACCAGACCAGGCUUCUAAUUGAGACAGGCCUUUAUUUGUCACGUGUUGCCACACUGGGCGUUUAAUCAAAGCUUUACGGUAUGUCAACCUCGUGGUCGCGCAAGAGGAAUUACCGAGUAAUUAGGACAUAUCCUUUAGGAACCUUUAAUAUCUGUACAGAAUUUUGCAGCAAUCGAACCAGUACUUGUUGAGAUAUUUAAAUGGGGGCAAAAUUGGUGGACCAAUAAACCAAAAAAUGAAUGUUGCCAUCUUUUGUAUGACCCUGCAUGGCCAAAGAUUGUCACCCUUGAUCAUCCACAGCCUUUGUUAUCAACAGUUUUCAUAAGAGUAACUUCUUAAAAGUAUUUACAAUGGAAGCUGCUUCUGGAGAGACAUGUUGAUAAUGAUUUUAAAUGUAAACUGUCAAAGCUGUGAGCGUGUGGCACUCCAGUCACCUCCACUGUAUCAGGUGGAGGCAGAAAUCUUCAAGGCGGAUAUCUGAAAACCUGGGAAAAUAAGUGAAACUUUCUACAUGGCUAAGUACCGACAGAAGUGAGAAGUUUUUUUUGUAAUUUGGGUGGAGUGACCCUUUAAAGAUUGGUGCAGUAUUUGGUUUACACAGACAUCUUUCUUGUGCCAUUAAGCUCUUUUUUUAUGUGUUUUUAUGAAGACUCAUGACGACAGAAUAUUUCACAAUCAUGUUGAAUCUGAAGAUGUUGCUGAUCAGGCAGGUCUGUACGUUGUAUUUCUGUUCACACACACUCAGCACACAGCGGACCAGUGAAACCGCUCAUGCCGAAGUGCUGAGCUGGUCCCGAUGAGACAGAGAUGAAGAGAGAGACGGAGGAUGUAACCACGUUAUCUUACCCAUGCUGCUGCUCAUUACUCCUGGUGCAAACCGAACGAGCCUUCACACACACACAUACACACCUCACCUGGAACGACGCCGGGAGUGUCUCUGCCUGUGUGUUGCCAGCCGGGCAACACACUCAUCACGCAAACACUGGAUAGUUUAACAACACGCCAAUUGUAGCCAUUACACAGGAGCAGUUUGUGACGCUGACAAUCAAGGGAAACAUCUAGAGCAGCACUUUGUAACCGGAGGUGAUCUUUACUGGUCUGAUUAUCAGAGGAUUGAGGCUUUUAUAGGGGGAAAGGAAGCAGAAACUUUUUUUCACACGUUGCCCCAAUUAAAAUAAAGUGUUAGCGAAAAUACGUUUAUACUUGACCACGAGGUCACACAGUCUGCUGUCUGUGUGUAUCAGGGCCUCAAGUGUCUUUUACAGUAACAGAUGUGCCUGAGGACUGGAGGGAGAGCGGUACACGGCCCUUCACGAGGAGCUUUACUCAUUAGUUCCUACUUGUUCUGCUGAUCGACUGUCUGAUGCAGUUAUUGGUUUAAAAUGGCUGGGUGUUUUACAGUGUUAUAUUAUGAAGGACGUGAAACUCUGCCGUGUUACAGUCCUUUCUCUCAGACUGUCUGGCUUUUGC